UGGAUAAGGAUAUGACGUAUCCAAAGGUUUGUCCAGCCGCUUCCAUGGUUUUAACUACAAACUUUCUUCCAAAUUCUCCGUCAAAUUUCCCAGGAAAAUCAAAAUGUCUUCAUUAGGCACUUCAAAGGGUGUUCUUGAAAUCGCCAAAUUUGGCCUUUAUGUUACGAUCCCCAUCGUUCUUAUGUACACUUUCGCCAACAACACUAAGAAUCUCCAGAAAUUUAUGGGAAAUCGAUCCUACGUAGUGUAUCCUCCGGAGGGACCAAGACCUCCAUCACCUGAGGAGUUGAGAGAGAUGGCCCGGGAGCUCGCUCGGAAGAAAAAUAAUCAUUGAGGCUCUUUAGGGCUGUAAGUGAUCUAUGUAGCUUUUCCGGUCGUACCUAUUAGUUGACCUAUUACUACUCUACGAAAACUGCAUUAUGUAAAAUUGCUGUAAUAAGUAUCGUGUUUCUGUUAAAGGAAACACUAUGUCUGGCUUGUACCCCAUUACUGAUUAAAAUUUUAUAGCUAAACCUGUUGCUUUGCUUGCUUAGCAUGGAAA